AUGAAACAUCUUUGGCCGUUGCUGGUGUGGAUACUUCUAGUUUCGUAUCCUACGGCCGAAUCACGUAACAGGCUCGGCCAUGGAUUGAGACGAGAAGUAUUCUUCCUGAACCUCGAAGACGGCUAUUUUGGCUGUCAAGUCAACGAGUCGACAGACGUUCUGCAACUGCUCGAGCUCUCGAAGCUCUGUGAUAGUCGCACCGAUUGUUACCAGGGCGUGGAUGAGCAGCGCAGCAGGUUAAAGUGCACAGGUGAGUUAUCUGUGAGAAAGACAUAUCCCUUCGACAAGCUCGAAUUCAUCAGAAUAUCAACGAAUGCGACGAUCCAGCGCUCGCGGGACGUUGCGUUGAAAAUGCCGAAUGCUGUAAUCUUCCUUCGAAUUCUGUGUAAAUGCAAAUCCGGCUACAUCGGCGACGGUGAGGUGCAUUGCGAAGAUGUGAAUGAAUGCGCGAUACCAGGUGCAUGCGGCGACAAUACCGUGUGUCACAACAUACCUGGCAAUUACACCUGCACGUGUCAAGACGGAUUUACGGGAGACCCGUACAACAGUUGUAUCGAUAUUAACGAAUGCGAAUACGAGGGUGCCUGCGGAAGGGGUGCACUAUGCGUAAACUUACCAGGCGCGCAUAAAUGCGAAUGUCCUCAAGGAUACGACGGUAGUCCCGAUGAGGAGUGCAGGGACAUCGACGAGUGUCUAAGGAGUCCUUGCGGACGUUCUGCUCUCUGUACGAACGUAUACGGUAGCUUCCGGUGUUCCUGUCCUGAGGGAAUGAACGGUGAUCCAUUGUCAGGUUGUCAUGAUAUCGACGAGUGCACGGCUCUGGAGAAUCCUUGUGGUAGGAAUGCGAUUUGCAAGAACGAGGUACCUGGUUACAAUUGCAUCUGCCCCACGGGGUAUAGUGCCAACCCCAGUUCGGCAGUUGCAUGCGAACAGACCGACGUAACGACUCUUUGUAAAUCGAACUUUGACUGUGUCAACAAUGCCGAGUGCAUCGAAGGGCAGUGCUUCUGUAAGGAUGGUUUCAAGGCUGUCGGUGCUGAGUGCACAGAUCUGGACGAGUGUCUUACUAAUCCCUGCGGACCCGCAUCGAUCUGUACGAAUAUUAGAGGGAGCUAUCAUUGCGAAUGCGAAUCCGGAUUCGUUGGUACUCCGCCCCACAUAGCAUGUAAAGCACCGUGUGAUGAGGUAACUUGCGGCGAACAUGCCUUCUGUAAGGCUGACGGUCACGAGGCUUAUUGCAUUUGCGAAGACGGUUGGACCUUUAAUCCAAACGAUAUAGCGGCUGGAUGUGUUGACAUAAACGAAUGCGAUGCAAUAAAUGGACCUUCUGGAAGAUGCGGCAAAAAUGCUAUUUGCACGAAUAUACCCGGUGAUUUCAGUUGUCAAUGUAAACCUGGCUUUUCAGGAAAUGCCUUCAAACAAUGUAUAGAUUUUGAUGAAUGCACCAAACCUGUUUGCGGUCAUGGAGCAACGUGUACUAAUACCGAAGGUUCUUACGCUUGCACUUGUCCGGAGGAAACCAUACCGGAUCCCGAUCCCUACAUUAAGUGUGUUGGUAUAGUCAGGUGCGAGGUUGAUGACGAUUGUCCAGGAAACGCUAUUUGUGAUCCGCAAAAGAGAUGUCUAUGUCCCGAGCCCAAUGUCGGAAACGAUUGCAGGCAUCCAUGUGAAGAUCUAUCCUGCGGACCAAACGCCCACUGCAUGCUCCUGAACGACGUGGCGACGUGCCUUUGCAGCAACGGUUACACCGGAAAGCCUGGAGUAAAGGGUGGUUGCCGGGAUAUCGACGAGUGCGCGAUAAAUCCGUGUCCUCCGGGCGCUAUCUGCAACAAUGAGCCCGGUUCCUUCUCGUGUCAAUGUCCGAGCGGCAUGACGGGCGAUCCUUACAGCGGCGGCUGUCAAAAGACGAAAACACCUCAUGUAUGUGGCCCCAGUGCGCCCUGUCCCGCUGGAGAGCAGUGUAUUAAGGAUGAAUUCGUGGGCAGUAGCGUUUGUAUCUGUCAACGCGGUUAUAUGCGCGAUCACGAGACGGGUAAAUGCAGAGACAUCAACGAAUGUAUGGAGCUAAGAGAGAAGCCUGCCUGCGGCGUCAAUGCAAUUUGCAAAAAUCUCCCCGGCAGCUAUGAGUGCCAGUGUCCACCGGGCUUCAAUGGAAAUCCUUUCUCGCUUUGCGAAGAAUGCAACAGCAUCGAAUGUCAGUGUCAACCGCCGUACAAGAUCGUCAAUGGCAAAUGCAUGCUGGCUGGAUGCUCGAAAGGCGAGAAGUGUCCGAGCGGUGCCGAGUGUAUUACGAUUGCCGGCGGUGUCAGCUAUUGCGCCUGUCCCAAAGGUUACACGACCAAAUUUGAUGGAUCCUGCGAAGAUAUAAACGAGUGUAUCGUGGGACACCAAGUCUGCGGUUACGGUGCCGAAUGUAUCAAUAUACCAGGCGCCCAUCAAUGCGUGUGCCCGCACGGAUAUGGCGGCGAUCCGUACAAUGGCCUUUGCUCUCCAGCCCAGAAGAGAUGUACCAACGACAACGAAUGCAAGGCUAACGAGAAAUGCGUGCAACCCGGCGAAUGCGUGUGUCCACCACCGUUCUACACAGAUCCCUUGGAUGGAAAUCUAUGCAAGAAUCCUUGCGACCGUUUCCCAUGCGGUAUUAACGCGAAAUGCACGCCGAGCGAUCCGCCGCGAUGCAUGUGCGAGGCUGGCUUCGAGGGUGAUCCGCAGCACGGUUGCGUUGACGUGAACGAGUGCGCGAAUAAUCCUUGCGGUCAUGGCGCGUAUUGUAUCAACACGAAGGGAGAUCACGUGUGCGAGUGUCCUAAAGGUAUGGUUGGUGAUUCUUACGGUGCCGGCUGUACGGGAGUUCCGACUGGCAAAAACAAGUGUUCCUCCAACGACGAUUGUGAAAAUUAUCUGGCAUGCGUCCAAGGAAGCUGCGUUAAUCCUUGCGACAAUAUACCGUGCGGUCCAAACGCGUAUUGCGAGCCCGAUAAGCACGCCGCGUGGUGUAGAUGCGUUAUUGGUUUCACGGAGGGCGUAAACAACGAAUGUGUCUCACAAUGCGAUGGCUUUGUUUGCGGCACCGGGGCUCAAUGUAUCGUCAGUUACGAUGGGCCGACCUGUAAAUGUAUCGAAGGUUUUAUGGGUAAUCCUUUCCCUGGUGGACAAUGCGUGCCGGAUGUUUGCUCACCUGAAAUCCCAUGCGCCGAGCCAAGCGUGUGCAUCAGCGGACGUUGCAAGCGACGUUGCGAGGGGGUGGUUUGCGGCAUCGGAGCCGUGUGCGAGCCUUUAACGAAUAAAUGCGUGUGCAACCCUUACUUUGUCGGCAAUCCCGACCUACUCUGUAUGCCACCGAUUCAACCACCUCAUUGCGAUCCAAUCUGCGGGAAAAACGCGCAUUGCGAAUAUGGUCUUCAAGAAUCAAAAUGUGUCUGCAAUCCGGGUACUAGUGGAAAUCCUUAUCACGGCUGUGGUAUUCAAGAGAAAUCUGAUUGCUCCACCGCGGUGUGCGGAAAGGACGCGCAUUGUAACGCAGGUCCCAAUGCUGUCGAGUGUCUCUGCCCACAUGGUUUCGCUGGCAAUCCGUUUAUCCAAUGCUUUGACAUCAAUGAAUGCAACGGAAAUGCAUGUGGCAGUAACGCGGUGUGCAUCAAUACCAUCGGAAGCUACGAUUGUCGUUGCAAGAAUGGCUUCUUUGGCAAUCCCUUCGUCGGAUGCCGGCAGGUGCAAGUAGGCCCGUGCGCCGAUCCUUCGACUUGCGUCUGCAGUGACACUGCACCAUGUCCUUUCGAUUACACCUGUGUCGAUCAUAAGUGCAUAAACCAAUGCAGUGACAUAAAAUGCGGCCCCAGAUCUGUUUGUCAAAACGGAGCAUGCGUGUGUCCCCCUGGUUACAGCGGCAAUCCCAACGAUCUGCACAAAGGCUGUCACUUGCAUGGCCAUUGCUCGAAUGAUCUUGAAUGCGAGCCCCAGGAGAUUUGCUUCCAGAUCGGUAAAGGAGUUCGCAAGUGUGUGGAUGCUUGCAGCAAGCUACAGUGCGGACCUAACGCAUUAUGCAUCACGCAAAAUCACGUGUCUUCCUGCUUGUGCGUCGACGGUUACCAGGGCAAUCCGAGUAAUCUGGUCGAGGGUUGUCAGCCAUCCAAAUCCGUGAUACUACGAUGCACACACGAUUCGGACUGUGAGCCAGGUUUCUUCUGCAUCACCUUAGACGGUGGUAUACGUGACUGCGUGAAUCCUUGCAGCAACGUGGUGUGCGGCGCUUAUCAGAAAUGCGAGCCUGACGUUGUACCCGGUCAUGCUACCUGUAAGUGUCAAGACGGCUAUGAGUGGAAUCCGGUACUGUCGUCUUGCGAGAAGCCGUCGGUGCCCGAUUGCAUAAGCGACAACGAUUGCCAUUCGAGUGAGGCUUGCAGACCGGACGCGCUCGGCGUGCUCAAAUGUAUGUCGCUUUGCGACGGUUUCACCUGCACCGCGAAUUCCCGCUGCGUGGCGGAAAACCAUCACGGCCGUUGCGAUUGUUUGCCGGGCUACACCGGUAAUCCGAACGAUCGCCGGGGCUGUCAGAGCCCGCGCGAGAACCGUUGCACCACCGACAGCGAAUGUUCAGAGGAUCAGACGUGUCGCGGCACUCCAGAUGGUCCGCUCGCCUGUCAACUGGUCUGCGAUUUUAUCUCCUGCGGUCCGAACGCGCUCUGCGUCGUCAAUAAUCACGUGGCUAACUGCGAGUGCCCGCUAGGAUCAUACGCCGGCGAUCCAAACGACCCGACGUCCGGUUGCCGCGCGGUGCCCUGCGUUUACAACAUCGAUUGCCCGCCGGCGCAGCUCUGCAACCGGCUUACGCACACUUGCUACGAUGCCUGCGACGAGAACGCGUGCGGGGUGAAUGCCGUUUGCAUCGCGGACGACCACAAAGCGAUCUGCCAGUGCCCGCCCGGACUACGCCCGAACCCGGUGCCCGACGUCGAGUGCGUCCCCGUCGAGACGUGUCGUCCGGACUCCUGUCAUCCGACCGCGCUCUGCGUCGCUGGUUCGACGAAUGAACCGGUGUGUCGGUGCCCGCCGAAUCACGUGGGCGAUCCUUACACGAACGGCUGCCAGCCGGAAGGAUAUUGCUCCGGUUCCAAGGACUGUCCGGUACAUUCCAUCUGUCACGAACAUCGCUGCGUGAAUCCGUGCGAGAACGCGUGCGGCGCCAACGCGCUCUGCGAGGUCGUGGACGAUCGGCCAAGUUGCAAGUGCAUCCACAGAUUCGUGCCGUCCUCGAAGGGCCCGGAACACGGCUGCGUACGGGGUACGAAUUAUUGCACGGUGGAUUCUGAAUGCGAGAACAACGUGUGUCUUGAUGGACAAUGCAGAGCUGUUUGUCGUUCGGUCGCCGAUUGUUCAGACGGAGAGAAAUGUAUCAACAACAAGUGUAUGGUAUCAUGCAUUUCGCAUUCUCAGUGCCAAGUGGAUCAGGCAUGUGCUAGCGGAGGGUGUAUUCUCGGUUGUCGCAGCAACAAAAACUGCCUAACUAUUGAAUCAUGUAUUAACAAUAAGUGUCAAGAUCCUUGCGACAGAAAAGACGUAUGUGGAUCAAAUGCAAUCUGUAGUUGCACAAAUCAUGCGGUUACAUGCACGUGUCCUCUUGGUUUUCACGGUAAUCCUACUCCGGAACAAGGUUGUGUUCGAGUGCCGAGCACAUGUCAGACUCCGCAGGACUGUCCUAGUCAACAUCUAUGCGUCUCGGGAUUGUGCCAAUGUCAAUGUUCGGAACAAAACAACUGCGCGCAAGGCGAACGUUGCAAGAAUGGUAUUUGCGUAAAGAUAUGUUACGGUGAUAGUAACUGUUUGCCCGGCGAACUGUGUAUCGAUGGUACUUGCGAAGCCGGCUGUACAUCGGAUGUCGGGUGCAAACGCGACGAAGUGUGCAUCAACAACAAGUGCAGAUGCAGCCAUGGAUUUAUCGCCGGUCCCGAACAUUGUCUGGAUAUAAAUGAGUGCGAGGAUCAACCGUGUCAUCCGAGUGCCGAAUGUAUUAAUCUCCACGGAUCUUAUCGUUGCACUUGUCCUCAAGGCACUGCGGGCGAUCCUAUAGGAUCGGGCUGCACUCUGCCGCAUCAAUGCAUCUCGCAAACGGAUUGUCCGGACACGCAAGCCUGCAUUCAUCACAAUUGUUCGGAUCCGUGUUCUUUCGUCGACUGCGGCUUGAAUACUAUUUGCACCGUUCUGGAUCACACGGCUGGUUGUCAAUGCCAGCCUGGUUACAUCGGCGAUGCCUCGGGCUGCUUCAAAGUAGAAUGCCUUUCCAACAGUGAUUGUCCGAUAGAUAAAUACUGCAAUCAGGAGAUCAACAAGUGCAGCAGUCCUUGCAAUCAAGUAAAUUGCGGAUAUGGCAAUUGCCUGGCCAUCGACCAUGUCAGCGUCUGUAAAUGCUACCCUGGUUUUGUUCUCAUCGGCGACAUCUGCGCUGACGUUAAUGAGUGCUUGCAAAAUCCUUGCCAUUCCUCAGCUACAUGCCAAAACACGGAGGGAUCGUUUGCCUGUGUUUGCCCGCAUGGUUUGGUAGGAGAUCCAUUCAAAACUGGUUGUAAGGAACCCGGCGAUUGCUUCACAGAUUCGGAUUGUCCUAAUUCAGCCGCUUGCAUUGAUAAUAAAUGCACUAAUCCAUGCGAGGCACCGGGAAUUUGCGGUAGAAAUGCGGAGUGUCUUGCACGUGAUCACGUUCCAAUCUGCAGAUGUCCUGGGCAGACAACAGGAAAUCCAGCAACGGAGUGUAUUCAUCUGGAAUGCAAUUAUCAUAGCGACUGCAGUCAAUCAGAUGCAUGCUUCGAUCAUAAAUGCGUCGAUCCUUGUUCUCUUUCGAACGUUUGUGGACAUGGAGCUGAUUGCUCCGCGCUCAAUCAUAGCGCGGUGUGUACCUGCCAACCUGGCGGCACAGGUGAUCCGAAUCUUGGAUGCACGCCGCUCCAAUAUUGCAAGACUGAUUCGCAAUGCGCAACCGGUUCGGUGUGCAACGGAGGUAUAUGCACAGCGCUUUGCGGAAGUACGAGGGAUUGCAUCGGCGAUCAACUCUGCAUCAAUGGCGUUUGUCAGCCUACUUGCAGAAGUAAUUCCAGCUGCCCGGAAUAUCAAUACUGCCAUAAUAACAUAUGUGUUCAAGAAUUACGUUGCACGUCAGACAAUGACUGUGCGUAUGACGAAAAGUGCAUUAAAAACAAUAUCGGACAGGCGGAGUGCCGUACAGCUUGUGAUUUGAUACUCUGCGGCCGUAACGCCGAAUGUAAGACUGAUAAUCACGCCGCAACGUGUUCCUGUAAGCACGGUUUCUUCGGAAACUCUAAAGACGAUAAGAUCGGUUGUCAGCCUAUCGAAUGCGAAGUCAACGAAGAUUGUACUCAGGAAAAGAUCUGCGAUCUGCACAGAUGUAGAAUCGCCUGCCUCGCUCAUAAUCCUUGUGGCGUAAACGCGAUUUGCACAACGGAGAAACACGUACAAAUUUGUACAUGUCAACCUGGAUACACGGGAGAACCCACGCAUGCUUGCGAACUGAUAGAUUACUGUGCCAAUGCGCCCUGCGCACCGGGUGCAUUGUGCGAAAACUCACGGGGAUACUUCAAAUGUCAUUGUCAGCCCGGUACUGUCGGAGAUGCUUAUAAUAGCGGCUGUCAACCGCCGGUGGAAUGUUUCCAGGACACAGACUGUCCGCUAACUGCCAAAUGCGUUAAUAUUAAUAACGUACCGAAAUGUUUCGAUACUUGCGCACGUACCCGGUGUGGUCCAAAUGCAGAUUGUAUCGCGAGUAACCAUAGCGCGAGUUGCGUGUGUCGCACCGAUUACGAAGGCGAUCCGAAUAAUCUGAGCGUAGGAUGUCGUCCGAAACCGGUCAUCUGUUCGUCGCACGUUGAUUGUCCAGUCAAUACCUAUUGUUACGAGGGCAUUUGUCGACCAUCUUGUCAAUCGGAUGAGGAAUGCAACUUGUCCGAUGUUUGCUUGAACGGACAAUGUUUGUAUCCGUGUGACGUGAGAGAAGCCUGCGGCAUAAACGCCGAAUGCAAAGUGAAAAGUCACAUUAAACAGUGCAGCUGUCCACCAGGCUUCACCGGUAACUCUGAAGUGGAAUGCGUAAGAUUGCCAGUAUCCUGUGUAGGAAGUGGAGACUGCAACCAAGGCAACACCUGUCGUGAGAACGUUUGUUUGCCGAUCUGCACCAUCGACGACGAAUGCGCGUUGAACGAAAAAUGCAUUCGCGGCAACUGCUUACUAACCUGUCGACUGGACAAUGACUGCUUCCUGGGCCACAUUUGCCUGAACAAUAUGUGCACAUUUGGCUGUCGUGCCGACGAGGAUUGCAACGCAAACGAGGCGUGUUCAGGCAACAAGUGCGUGAAUCCGUGCGAGGCCACGCCAUGCGGACCAAACGCCAAGUGCAUCGUCUUCAACCAACGCGCCACGUGUUCCUGUCCUUCAGGCUUCAUGCCGAAUCCGACAGCCAAGGUCGCGUGUCUGAGAUCACCUGGUCCGACUUGUACGACUAAUCGGGAGUGCGCCGUGGGUAUGGCUUGCGUCGCCGGUACAUGUACAUCUGUGUGCUCGACUAAUGAGAACUGCUUGAGCAAUGAGAGAUGCGACAGCUCCGGUAUCUGCAAAUCACUCUGCAGACGGGACGAAGACUGCAGGAGUGGCGGGAUUUGCGAGGGACUGGUAUGCGUUUCCGGUUGUCGGGCGGAUAUUGAGUGUCAAGACAAUUAUGCGUGUAUAAACAACCAAUGUACAGAUCCAUGCUCAUUGGCUGACGCUUGCGGCGUAAAUGCCAAGUGCACGACUGUUAAUCAUCAAAAGAUAUGCACGUGCUCGUCGCCCUUAAUAGGAGACGCUCGUAUCGGAUGCAAACAGGCUUUCCUUUCUUGCUCGUCUAAACUCGAAUGUUUACCGGGACAAACGUGCUAUGGCAGAUCUUGUUAUUCCAUAUGUAGAAGUGAUGCAAACUGCUUGAGCGAUGAACGUUGCGAUGGCGGUAUUUGUAAAGCUAUAUGUAACAGCGAUGAUCACUGCGUUGCGAAUCAAAUAUGUCACAAUCGCAUGUGCGACAUUGGAUGUCGCAGCGAUAACACAUGUCCAAGUGAUGAAUCUUGUAUCAACAAUCAAUGCAGAAGUCCAUGCGAGGGAGGCAAAGCGUGCGGAGAGUGUGCCGGCUGUCGCGUUGUAAAUCACGUAGCUCAAUGUAACUGUCCCGCUAACUAUUACGGCAACGCCUUGAUCAAUUGCGCCAAGACCAUGAUUCCUUGCGACGGUUCGUGUGAGUGCGACGAGAUCGGUUUUUGCACUACCAGUUGCCAUAAUCAAAACGACUGUUCUUGCGGAGAGGUUUGUCACAGUGGCAAAUGUCGCAUCAAAUGCGACAUCAAUAACGCCUGUCCAAAGUAUCCAAUCUGUUUUGAGGAUGUACUCGUUUACCUUAUAGUGCCACUUGAAUACAAGGAGAGCUACCCUACUUUCAUCAUAUAUAAAUACAAAGCAUGUGAGCGCGAAUGCACCAGCGACUUAGAGUGCCCCAAUGAAAAAGCCUGCAUAAAUCUACAAUGUCUGGACCCGUGCGCGCUACGCGGUGCCUGUGGGAUCAAUGCUUUGUGCCGAGUGGUUCUGCACAAGCCGCGUUGCUCGUGUCCGCAGUGUUAUAUCGGCAUGCCCCACACGGCCUGCCAUCCAGAUUCUAAAUGCGAUACGCCCAAUCCUAAACCUACGCCGAGCAUCAGUUGUUCCUCCGACCACGACUGUCCAGAGAGCCUCUCCUGCCACUCCCAGACAGGCGAGUGUCGCGAUCCGUGUUUGAGUUAUCGGUAUACCUGCGAGAUCAACAAGAGGUGUCAGGUACGGAAUCGCAGGCCUACGUGCGUUUGCAAAUACGGCUUCGUGGUCAACGAAAUCGGGGAAUUGACCUGCGCCCCUGACACGCUCACCUGCUCAAGGGACUUCGAUUGCCCGUCGAACGCCGCGUGCGUCAACGGAAAAUGUCAAAAUCCCUGUAAUGUGCGAAACAAAAGACCGUGCCCGGCCGAUAAAACCUGCGAUGUCCUGGACCACCGUCCCGUGUGCAUUUGCACCAAAAACUGCAAUCCCUCCCUCUCCAUUUGCCUGCGAGACAGUGGCUGCUCUCCAGACUUGGCGUGCCGCAACUAUCGCUGCGUGGACCCAUGCAGAAACUCCACCUGUUCGGCUGAUGCCCCCUGUUACGUGGAGGAGCACAAGCCUAUCUGCAAGUUCUGUCCCCCCGGCUUUGUGCCAGAUACUAAAUACGGAUGCAUGAAAGCAGUUCUUCACCCCAUGCCUAAGCCAGUUUGCAAAUCCGAUGAUGACUGCAGUGACGUAGAAGCUUGCGUCGAAAGUUCCUGUGUUGAUCCCUGUAUCAACGAGUGUCAAUUGGCAGUUCAGUGUCGGGUUGAAGCGCACAGGCCUAUUUGCAGUUGCGAUCCUAACGAUAAACAUUGUUUAUAUAGUGGCGUAACAACAUUACGUUCUAUAGAUUCAGAUCACACAUCUUCCGAAACCGUUCAUACUACAUUACGAACAAGCACUAAUCUUCCGCCGUCUACACCUCCUAUUUCCACCACGGAGAUAUCAAUUGUUACAUACACGGAGAAAACUACAGUUCCUUUAACCGAAGUUACUGAAAAUUUGUUGGAAAAUGUUACCACCGAAAUGAUAAGUAUAUCAGAUACAACAGUCGCAUUGACAGAAACCGUUACCGAGUUUUCGGAUCACACAACGAGUGUACCUUCGAUAUUGAAUGCAACCGAAAUUGAUAUUUUAAACAAUACUUUAAUUGCAACGACAAACGUUGAUAUUUUAGAGAACGUUACGUUUAGUCGUUUUACUACUUCAGUAUUUGAAAGUACUGAUUUUAUUGAAACUUCAACAGAAUAUACAACAGCACGUACGAUUACUAUUGAAAGUGAAUCAACAAGUACUUCUCUUAUUCCACCUACAAAAGAAACGAUUACAGAAAAUGUAUUUUCUUCUACCACAACUGCGGCAACAAAGAGUGAAUCUGAAUUUGAUUAUGAGAAAAAUUCUACAACAACCGAAAUAUUUGAAACAACUGCUAUUCCGACUGUAACUUUUCCAUUUACAUUUAAUCGUACCGAUAUUAUUGAUACUACAAUUUCUGAUAAAGGCAUUGAAACAACAACAAUGUUUAAAUCGACGGAAGUAAGUAACAUUGCAGAAGUUCCUAAGAAUGUAACUAUGGUUCCUACUACAGAAGUUCCUAAUGUAGGUGUUGGAGAAACGUCAAUAGCUACAACGACACAAUAUUUUACUACACAGUAUUUUACUACCACAGAAUCUAAAGAAUUAACAGUAAAACCGUUAGAAGAAAUUACUAAACCAUAUAUAGAAAAUACUGAUAGCACAAUCAGUACUACGUUUUCUAUGCAAACAGAUCAUACUGUAUCAUCUCCAAAUAUCCUAGAACAUGCUGAAACAUCUACAAUAAAUAUUGAACGUGCCAAAGAAACUACACAAGAAUCGAGCACUGCCGAAAUUGGAUCAUUAUAUACCACUGAGUCAUAUGUAAAAGAUACCACUCCAUUAUCUGUAAUUACAUCUAAAUCACCUAUAUCUACGACAAAUGAGUCAACUACUGAUAAUAUCAAUACUCAGAAAAGCACUGAUAUUUCUACAAUAGACCAAUCCGUUGUCACUGAACAAUAUGCUACAUCUCAAUUUACAGAAGAAUAUUCUACGAAAGAAUUUGAAACAUCACAGCAACCUACAGAACAAUACACUACUUUGAAACAGUAUACUACAUCCGCACAGUCUACAGAACAGAUUUCUACUACUGAACAGUAUACUACAUCUGAAUUUACUACAGAAGGAUAUCCCACAACAAAACUGCUUGGGACGCCGCAACAGUUUACAGAACAAUACACUACUUCGAAACAAUACACUGAAGAGUUAACAGAACAUAUUUCUACUACAGAACGUUAUGGCAUAUCGGAACAUACCGCAGAAGAUCGUUCCACUACAGAACAGCUUACAACAGAACAAACUACAGAACAAUACACUACAUUUGCACAACCUACAGGACAGAUCUCGACUACGGAACAAUAUAGCACUCCUGAAUAUUCUACAGAGCAAUAUUCUACAAUAGAACAAAUCAAAACAUCGCAGCAACCUACAGAACAAUACACUACUUUGAAACAAUAUCCUGAAGAGUUUACAGAACAUAUUUCUACUACAGAACGUUAUGGCAUAUUGGAACAUAUCGCAGAAAAUCGUUCCACUACAGAACAGCUUACAACAGAACAGACUACAGAACAAUACACUACAUUUGCACAACCUACAGGACAGAUCUCGACUACGGAACAAUAUAGCACUCCUGAAUAUUCUACAGAGCAAUAUUCUACAAUAGAACAAUUCAGAACGUCAAAGCAACCUACAGAACAAUACACUACCUCGAAACAAUACACUGAAGAGUUUACAGAAUAUAUUUCUACUACAGAAGGUUAUGGCACAUCAGAACAUACCACAGAAGAACAUUCCACAUCAGAACAGACUACAGAGCAAUAUACUAUAUUUGCACAAUCUACAGAACAGGUUUCAACUACGGAACAAUACCGUACUUCUGAAUAUUUUACAGAAGAAUAUUCUACUACGGAACAGCUUAAAACAUCACAACAACCUACAGAAGAAUCUACUAUUUUGAAACAAUAUACUACAAUGGAAGAAUCGACAGAACAAACUUCCACUACGGAACGUUAUAGCACAGAAGAAUAUUUUAUUACAGAACAGCUUGAGACAUCAAAGCAGCCUACAGAACAACACACUAUACCUGAACAAUCUACAAAACAGAUUUCUACUACAGAACGAUAUAGUACUUUUGAAUAUCCUACAGAGGAGCAUUCUACUACAGAGCAGUCCAUCACAUCUACGCAAUCAUUUACUACAGUACAACAUAGUACAGCUGAAUACUCUACAGAAGAAUAUUCUACUGUAGAGAAUGGUACUACUUUUGAAAAAUCUACAGAACAAUACUCGACGGAACAAUAUACACCUGAACAGCACAUUAUAACAGAAUAUUCUACAACAGAACAAUAUGCGACAAUGCAAUAUUCUACAGAACAAUCCACCACGUCUGAAAUUGCUUGGAAUAAAACAGAUAUGACUUGCAUCUUGGAUACAGAUUGCACAGAGUGCGAGACAUGCGUGGAUCGUCUAUGCCAGAAUCCGUGUAAGGCCUGUAAUCCAUGCCCAGAGAAUGUUUUAUGCGAUGUUCUGAAUCAUCGGCCUGUGUGUUUAGAAUCAGAGCAGAGCACGUCUAAUUGUAGCAUACUCCCAGACGUGAAAUGUGCAACACAUAACGACUGCCCCAUCCAAUUGGCUUGCGUGAAUCAACAAUGCGUGAAUCCUUGCAACUUGGGCAAUCCGUGCGACUUCGUCGAAGAAUGUCAUGUUCAAUAUCAUAGACCGGUCUGCGCCAUAAGAGACAGCAAUAAAGCGAAAUGUCCUUACUGUCCACCUGAUAUGCAAUGCGACCCGUCAACAAACACGUGCGUCAAAGCGGGUUGCACUAGCAACAGGGAUUGUCCGCUGACAGAGGCGUGCAUCGGGCAUACUUGCCAGGAGCCGUGUCUAGUUCGAAAUCCUUGCGCGGAACAUGCUGUUUGUAUUAAUACGAAUCAUGGAGCAGACUGCAGUUGUGAAGAAGGCUAUCAAGGGAACGGAUUCUCCUAUUGUGAUUUGCUUACGGAACCACCGCCUACGGAUCCUUGCGCUCUAUUUCCGUGUGGUUCGAACGCCGUAUGUGAUAACGGUGAAUGUAAAUGCUUGCCCGAAUACACCGGUAAUCCUUAUGAAGCUUGUCGUCCCGAAUGUAUUCUCAAUUCCGAAUGUCCUCGCGAUAAAACUUGUCUGAAGAAUAAAUGCAAGGAUCCUUGCCCCGGAAUAUGCGGUCAAAAUGCGCGAUGCGACGUCGUGAAUCACAUUCCUGUCUGCUCCUGUCCAUCCGGAUAUGUAGGUGAUCCAUUCGUCAACUGUCGCGUUCAACCUACAGUGCCGGAAUCUCGACGAGAUCCUUGCACACCCUCACCUUGUGGACCGAACAGUCAAUGCCGUAAUAUCGAGGAUCACGCUGUGUGCUCUUGUCUCCGGGGCUACCUCGGUUCUCCGCCAUCCUGCAGACCAGAAUGUCUCGUUAGUUCUGAAUGCCCGCCAACGCGGGCUUGCGUAAACAAGAAGUGCACAGACCCGUGCCUGGGUUCUUGCGGUUUGAACGCGAGAUGCGAAGUGAUCAACCACUCACCAAUAUGCAGCUGUUUACCCGUGCAAACGGGAGAUCCUUUCAAGAGUUGUUACGACAUUCCAAUUCCACCGGAACCUAAAGAUCAAGGCAAUCCAUGCAUUCCUUCGCCAUGCGGACCAAACGCGGUUUGUCAGAAUGCAAACGGUCAACCAUCAUGUUCGUGUUUGCCUACGUACAUCGGCAUUCCGCCAUCAUGCCGGCCGGAGUGUUUGAUUAACCCUGACUGCCCGCCGGAAAAAUCUUGUAUAAAUAUGAAAUGUAAAGAUCCCUGCCCAGGAUCCUGCGGGGACAAUGCUGAGUGCAAAGUAGUGAAUCACGCAGUGACCUGUUCGUGUAAAAUUGGAUAUAUUGGCAAUCCGUUUGUGCAAUGCGUGCUAGAAGAGGAAACGAUGAAUCCAUGCGAGCCUUCGCCAUGCGGAGCCAACGCGAUCUGUCAGCAACGAGAUAACGCGGGCGCUUGCAUAUGUAUCGACGAUUAUUCCGGAAAUCCUUACGAGGGCUGUCAACCAGAAUGUGUUCUGAGCGCGGAUUGUCCCACGAAUAAGGCUUGCAUUCGUAAUAAGUGCAACGAUCCUUGUCCAGGCGUAUGUGGCGUACGGGCACAGUGUUCGGUCAUCAAUCACAUUCCCACGUGUACUUGCGAGCCUGGAUAUAUCGGCGAUCCGUUUACGAUAUGCACACUUCAACCAGAAAUUGAUACGGAGCCCACCAUCAGGGAUCCGUGUUCCCCGACACCCUGCGGACCGAACAGCUUGUGCCGUGCGGUAAACAACCAAGCCGUCUGCACGUGUCAAGAGUCUUUCGUAGGCGUUCCGCCGAAUUGCAAACCAGAAUGCGUCGUCAAUUCUGAAUGUCCGCAGAACAGAGCGUGCUACAAAUAUAAGUGCACAGAUCCGUGCCCUGGUACUUGCGGAAUCGAAGCCAAUUGUCGUGUUAUUAAUCACAAUCCGCUCUGCAGUUGUCCGCAGGGAAAGACGGGCGAUCCUUUCUUCAGAUGUUUCCCCGAACCCGUUGUGCCGCUACCACCGAUGGAUCCUUGUUUCCCCAGUCCAUGUGGACUUUAUGCGGAGUGUAAAGUUGUUAACGGUCAAGCCGCGUGCACCUGCUUGAAAAAUUACAUUGGGAUACCACCCAAUUGCCGCGCGGAAUGCGUAGUUAAUACAGAUUGUCCGUUAGAUCAAGCGUGCAUCUCAGAAAAAUGUCGCGAUCCUUGCAUCGGCUCUUGCGGUCAGAAUGCUGAUUGUCGAGUUCAAAAUCAUAUACCGGUUUGCUUGUGUCAACCUGGCUAUUCUGGCGAUCCCUUCACUUUGUGCACAGUAAUUAAAGAACAACCAAAGGUUCCGCAAGAUUUGUGUAAUCCUUCACCUUGUGGACCUAAUGCGGCAUGCAAUGAAGGUGUAUGCACCUGUUUGCCCAACUAUUUCGGAGAUGCAUAUUCUUAUUGUCGACCGGAAUGCACAAUGAAUUCUGAUUGUCCUCGGAUCAAAACGUGUAUCAAUCAAAAUUGCGUCGAUCCUUGUCCAGGCACAUGCGGUCGUGAUGCACGUUGCGACGUUGUUAAUCACAUCCCAAUGUGCAGUUGUCCACCUGGUUUUACCGGAAAUCCGUUCCUUUUAUGCCAGUCACAUAUACCGGAUGAUGUCAUUAAACAGCCUUGCACACCUUCGCCUUGUGGACCAAACAGCAUCUGUAAAGUUGUAAAUGAUCAUGCUGUCUGUUCUUGCCAACCUGGUUUAAUUGGCAAUCCACCCGCCUGUAAACCAGAAUGCAUUGUCAGCGCCGACUGUCCAUUGACACAGGCGUGUCUGAAUAAUAAAUGCCAAGAUCCGUGCCCAGGCACAUGCGGACAGAAUACAAAUUGUCAAGUGGUUAAUCAUAAUCCAAUAUGCAGUUGCUCUGGAUCUUACACGGGCGAUCCUUUCACCAUAUGUUAUCCGCAACCAAAAACACCACCUGCACCGACAAACCCGUGUCUACCAUCGCCCUGCGGUCCAAAUGCGGACUGUCAAGUGAGGGGCGAGAGUCCCGCGUGCUCUUGUAUCCAAAAUUACAUUGGUUUGCCACCGAAUUGUAGGCCGGAGUGUACUAUCAAUCCUGAGUGUCCACCGCAAUUGGCGUGUUUGCAACAAAAGUGUCGCGAUCCGUGUGUCGGUCUGUGCGGUCUAAACGCUCAGUGCUCGGUUGUGAAUCACCAUGCUGUUUGUGCGUGCAUCGCCGGAUACACCGGAAAUCCAUUCAGCGCUUGCGAACCAGUACCCGAGGAUACACCCCUAGAUAUUAGAAAACCAUGCGAGCCUUCUCCUUGUGGUUUCAAUGCCAUCUGCCGCGAAAACAAUGGCGUUGGCUCGUGCACCUGUCUACCGGAUUAUCUAGGUGAUCCUUACGAAGGAUGCAGGCCCGAAUGCACGCAAAAUUCUGAUUGUCCGACAAGAAUGGCGUGCGUGGGCUUGAAAUGCAGAGACCCUUGCCCAGGAACUUGCGGAGUGAAUGCCCAAUGCCAAUCAAUUAAUCAUCUGCCAAUCUGUACUUGCAUUCCCGGCUAUACAGGCAAUCCGUUCAUGCACUGUUCCCCAAUAAUUGAAGAUUCCUUGCCAGAAACAAAUCCGUGCAGCCCAUCUCCUUGUGGACCAAAUAGUAAGUGUCAAGAUGUAAACGGCCUUGCCGUUUGCUCUUGUCUUCCGAAUUUUAUCAACAGUCCCCCCAACUGUCGUGCCGAAUGCGUGGUAAACAGUCAAUGCUCUCCGGAUCUUGCUUGCGUCAAUCAGAAAUGUACAUCGCCCUGUCCGGACCCAUGUGGAAUAAAUACCCAGUGCAAAGUGAUCAAUCACAGCCCCAUCUGCGUCUGCAACCUCGGUUAUACCGGGGAUCCUUUUUUGAGAUGUUUCCCCGCCCCACAACCGCUAGAUUUUCCUGUAGCCACCAAAGAUCCGUGUCUGCCGUCUCCAUGCGGCAUGUACGCGGAAUGCAGGAAUAUUGGUGGUACAGCAUCGUGCUCCUGUUUGCCGAUAUACAGGGGAUCACCGCCAAACUGUCGCCCCGAAUGUCGCGUGAAUUCCGAAUGUCCGAUGAAUCUCGCUUGCAACAACGAGAAAUGCAGGGAUCCCUGUUUAGGCUCUUGCGGCAUCACUUCUUUGUGUACAGUGUAUAAUCACGUAUCCGUCUGCACUUGUCCCGAAGGAUACACUGGUGAUCCAUUCAGUAAUUGUUAUCCCCGACCGAUUACAACACCACCGGUAAUUAUUGAUCCUUGCGAUUUGAAUCCUUGCGGUCCGAAUGCACGAUGCAACAAUGGAAUUUGCACGUGUCUGCCCGAAUACCAGGGUGAUCCUUAUGUAGGUUGCCGUCCCGAGUGUGUCACAAAUACCGAUUGCGCCCUCGAUCGUGCAUGCAUUCGCAACAAAUGCAUGGAUCCUUGUCCGGGCACGUGUGGUCAAAAUGCAUUAUGUUCCGUGUACAAUCACGUACCAAUGUGUACUUGUCCGGCCGGAAUGGCCGGCAAUGCCUUUGUUCAAUGUUCCACUCUCGCAGAUAUUCCGAAGGGAAAUCCUUGCGCACCCUCGCCCUGCGGACCCAACAGUAUUUGCCGAGAAAAUAACGGGCAACCAGUGUGCUCGUGUAUUGUCGGAUUCCUUGGCGUACCGCCAACAUGCAGACCGGAAUGCACUGUCAGUUCCGAAUGUCUCCUGACAGAAGCUUGCAGUAAUCAAAAGUGCAUAAAUCCUUGCCUCGGUGCAUGUGGAAUCCGAGCUACGUGUCAAGUGAUCAAUCACAAUCCUAUCUGUAGUUGUGGAGAACUCAAUGGAGAUCCAUUCAUUCGAUGCACUCCACGACCACCCGAACCUGUUGUACAAACAAACCCCUGUGUGCCAUCUCCUUGUGGAGCGAAUGCCGAGUGUCGAGCGAUAGGCGAUACUCCCACAUGCUCGUGCCUACCUGAAUUCCUAGGUUCACCACCUUAUUGUAGACCGGAGUGCAUUAGCAACAAUGAAUGUCCCUCACAUUUGGCAUGUAUGAAUAAAAAAUGUAGGGAUCCUUGCGAAGGCUCAUGUGGAACUAAUGCCGAGUGUCGUGUGGUGAGCCACACACCCAUGUGCGUUUGCCCUAGCGACUUCACCGGCGAUCCAUUUACCUACUGUACAAUAAAGCCACCCACAACUUUUUCAUUGUCGCCUUGUAAACCGUCACCUUGUGGCUUUAACGCCAUUUGUAAGGAACAGCAUGGUGUCGGAUCUUGCUCUUGCUUACAAGAUUAUAUUGGCAAUCCUUACGACGGAUGUCGACCGGAAUGUGUUGUCGAUACAGAUUGCAUAUCCACUCUUGCUUGUAUACAAUCGAAAUGCAAGGAUCCAUGUCCUGGUGUUUGUGGACAAUUUGCCGAAUGUCAAGUUAUCAAUCAUCAACCCUCUUGCACAUGUAUUGCCGGUUACAGCGGCAAUCCCUUCCACUAUUGCAAUAUAAUUCGUGAUAUUGUUGAUACUUCGAAGGAUGUUUGCAAUCCAUCGCCAUGCGGGCCCAAUAGCCAAUGUCGUAUUAAUAACAAUCAAGCAGUCUGUUCUUGCCUCCCGAUUUUCAUCGGAAGUCCACCCGCCUGUCGUCCCGAAUGCGUGACAAGUUCGGAUUGUUCGCUUGCACUUGCUUGCGUAAAUCAAAAAUGCCAAGAUCCCUGCCCUGGCUCUUGCGGUAGAAAUUCAAAUUGCAGGGUCAUAAAACAUAAUCCAAUUUGCUCUUGCAAGAAUGGCUAUACCGGGGAUCCAUUUACCGUUUGCUUCCAAAUGCCUGUGAAUCCGCCCAUUGUAAAUGAUGUUGUGAGAGAUCCAUGUAUACCGUCGCCUUGCGGCGCAUUUUCUGAAUGUCGGGAUAUAGGAGGGAUACCAUCGUGUUCUUGUUUGCCAACGUACAGAGGCAGUCCUCCAAAUUGUAAACCAGAAUGCACGAUCAAUGCAGAAUGUCCGGCUAAUAUGGCUUGCAUGCGACAAAAGUGUAGAGACCCCUGUCCAGGUUUAUGCGGCAUAAUGGCUGAAUGUAGCGUCGUGAAUCACGUGCCGAUUUGUUCAUGUUUACCCGAUUAUACCGGCGAUCCUUUCGUCCAGUGUUCCAUAAAUUCAUUUCCUAUUCAGUUGUCUAAACCGGAUCCAUGCACACCUUCGCCUUGCGGAUCUAAUACGCAAUGUAACGGAGGAAUUUGCACUUGCAUAAUAGAAUAUUUCGGAGAUCCGUAUAGCGGUUGUCGCCCGCAAUGCGUAUUAAAUAACGAUUGCCCGAACACGCAGGCAUGCAUGCGAAACAAAUGCGUGGAUCCUUGUCCAGGCGUUUGUGGCCAAAAUGCCAUGUGCAAUGUAUACAAUCAUGUUCCCAUGUGUACUUGUCUCGCAGGAAUGAUUGGAAAUGCUUUUGUCUUGUGUUCUCCUGUUCCAGCAUCCCCCAUUAGCAAUCCAUGUAAUCCGUCUCCAUGCGGUCCGAACAGUCAAUGCAUACAAAAUAACAUGCAGGCCGUAUGUAGUUGCAUAAGCGGAUUUGUCGGAGCGCCUCCGACUUGCAGGCCCGAAUGUGUAAUCAGUUCAGAUUGUCCGAAGAACGAAGCGUGUACCAAUCAAAAAUGUCGGGACCCUUGUCCAGGAAGUUGCGGACGCAACACAAUUUGCAAUGUCAUUAAUCAUAAUCCCGUUUGUGUCUGUCGUCCUGGGAUGACUGGGGAUCCGUUUAUUAAUUGCUUCCCACUUCCUGAGGAUCCAUUACCCGUGCUCAAUCCCUGUCAACCAUCACCGUGCGGACCAAACGCACAAUGUCAAGUGAUCAAUGAUCAACCGUCUUGCUCGUGCUUGCAAGAAUUUAUCGGAUCACCCCCGAACUGUCGGUACGAAUGCAUCAGCAAUAGCGAAUGCUCGAAUAAAAUGGCCUGCAUCAAUCAAAAAUGUCGCGAUCCAUGCGUCAAUGCAUGCGGAAUCAAUGCCGUUUGCAAUGUUGUUAGCCACACGCCGAUGUGCGCGUGUACACCCGGUUAUACCGGUGAUCCGUUCACGCAGUGCUCUCCCGAACAAUUUGAUAUACAGCCUAGCAUAGCCACACCGUGCACACCAUCUCCGUGUGGUGCGAAUGCAAUAUGUAGAGUUUUACAAAACGCCGGUUCUUGCUCAUGUUCGCAAGAUUAUGUGGGAAAUCCCUAUGAAGGAUGCAGACCUGAAUGCACACUUAAUUCUGACUGUCCAUCUAAUCAGGCGUGCAUCGGUCUAAAAUGCAAAGAUCCGUGUCCAGGAACGUGCGGUCAGAAUGCGCAGUGUUAUGUGAUUAAUCAUGCACCGACUUGCACUUGUUUCGAACAAUUUACAGGAAAUCCAUUUAUAUACUGCAAUCUUAUCGCCGAAGCCCCGGCUGUAUCAGAUAACGUUGAUCCCUGUCAACCAUCUCCUUGUGGACCAUAUAGUCAAUGUAAACCAAAUAAUGGUCAAGCUGUUUGCUCUUGCCUUGCAAAUUAUGUCGGCGCACCGCCCGGUUGUAGGCCCGAGUGUACAGUUAGCACGGAGUGCGCGACAAAUCGCGCCUGCGAUAAUAAUAAGUGCAUCGAUCCUUGUCUAAACUCGUGUGGUCAGGAAACGACAUGUAGAGUCGUAAACCAUAGUCCAAUAUGCAUGUGUAAAUCCGGAUUCAGCGGUGAUCCAUUCACGCGCUGCACAUUCAUACCACCCAUUUCAUUGCCAAGUCUGCCCUCGGACCCUUGCAUACCUUCUCCGUGCGGACCCAAUUCGCAAUGUCGCAAUGUCAAUGGUUAUCCAUCUUGUUCUUGUAUGAUUAAUUAUAUUGGUGCACCGCCAAACUGUCGUCCUGAAUGCAUCAUUCCUGCCGACUGCCCGAGCAAUCAGGCUUGUAUUCGCGAGAAAUGCCAAGAUCCCUGUCCAGGUUCUUGCGGUCUGAAUGCCGAUUGUAUCGUUCACAAUCACAUUCCAAUCUGCAGAUGUAUAGAAAGUUAUACUGGCGAUCCGUUUAUCGGUUGUCAACUUAUGCCAAUCAACAACAUACCAGUCCAACAAACUGAUCCAUGUAGUAAAUCACCCUGUGGGCCAAAUGCUCGAUGCGACAACGGCAUUUGUACUUGUUUACCUGAAUAUUUCGGCGAUCCAUAUUUUGGAUGUCGACCAGAAUGCGUAUUAAGUGCGGAUUGUUCCAUCGACAGGGCGUGCAUACGAAAUAAAUGCAUAGAUCCCUGUCUAGGUACUUGUGGACAAAACAGUUUAUGCAAUGUGAUAAAUCACACACCAAUGUGCAGUUGCCCCUCCGGUACCACCGGAAACGCGUUCAUCUCUUGCGAUGUAAUAAAAGUACCGCUCGUGACAAGACCGUGCAGUCCAAAUCCCUGCGGCCCGAACAGCAUAUGUCGCGAAUUUAAUGGACAGGCCGUUUGCACAUGUGCGCCUGAAUUCCUUGGAUCACCACCCCUCUGUCGACCUGAGUGUACUCUCAGCUCCGAUUGUCGGCUAAACGAAGCUUGCACCAAUCAGAAAUGCAAAGAUCCUUGCCCCGGUACAUGUGGCGUUCAAGCAAGAUGCGUAGUUAUCAACCAUAAUCCUGUUUGCUCGUGUCCCGAACGCUACACAGGCGAUCCAUUCGUCAGAUGCGAUGUCAUAAAACCAGUAGCGCCUGCAAUAAACCCGUGUCAACCUUCGCCCUGCGGUCCGUACGCUCAGUGCCAAGUCAUUAACGAUCUGCCGUCCUGUUCGUGCCUGCCCGAGUACAAAGGUUCGCCUCCGUAUUGCCAACCCGAAUGCAUCUCCAAUCCCGAAUGUCCUGGUCAUCAGAGUUGCGUGCGGCAAAAAUGCAUAGAUCCCUGCCCAGGUCUAUGUGGAGAAAGUGCGGAAUGCCAUGUGGUGCAACACAUACCUCAUUGCAUUUGUUCCUAUGGUCUCACCGGUGACCCAUAUACGCGCUGCUCGGUGAUACUUUCAUACGAACCAGAACUGAAACCAGAACCGUCUCCCUGCGCAAACUUCGAAUGCGGCACAAACGCAAUAUGUAGAGAGCGAGACAACACCGCAAUUUGUCAGUGUAUCUCUAAUUACGCUGGCAAUCCGUAUUUAGCAUGUCGACCCGAAUGCGUUAUUAAUCCCGACUGUUCAUCCAAUUUGAUGUGCGUAAGAAACAAGUGCGUCAAUCCCUGCGCCGGCGUGUGCGGCCAAAACGCUGAGUGCUCGGUUGUUAAUCAUCAACCAAUGUGUACAUGUCUCCCUGAAUAUACUGGAGAUCCCUUUGUUUCUUGUUUCGUGGAUAAAAUAAUCUCAAAUGAGAACGUUUGUGCCCCGUCACCCUGCGGACCCAACAGCAAAUGUAAAGAAAUAUCUGGACAGGCAGUUUGUUCAUGCCUGCCCACGUACAUUGGAACUCCACCUGCGUGUAGACCCGAAUGUAUUGCUAGCUCAGAAUGUCCGCCGCAGUUAGCAUGCAAGGACUACAAAUGCGUGAAUCCCUGUCCAAGCCCAUGCGGACUCAAUACCAAUUGCGUGAUUGUUAAUCACAGCCCUAUCUGCAGGUGUAUGCUCGGUUACAGCGGAGAUCCGUUCACCAUAUGCACAUUAAUUCCACCUGUAACACCACCAAUAAUAGAAAAAGAUCCAUGCGUGCCGUCUCCGUGCGGUAGUUUCUCUCAGUGCAGAAGUAUCGGUGGUUCUCCCGCGUGUACUUGCUUGGAAAAUUACAUAGGUCAGCCGCCUAAUUGCCGACCCGAGUGUAUUAUACACUCAGAGUGCCCGAACGAUAAAGCCUGCAUCAACAUGAAGUGCGUGGAUCCAUGUCCCGGCUCGUGCGGCACCAAUGCCCUAUGUUCAGUCAUUAAUCACAUUCCCACAUGCAGAUGCCCCGAAGGAUACACAGGAAAUACGUUUAUUCUCUGCGAGAUUGUAGCGACACCGAUUCCAUCUCCAGUCGAAGACCCCUGCGUUCCUUCACCCUGCGGUCCCAACGCGGAAUGCUCGAACGGUAUUUGUAAUUGUAUACCUGAGUUCCGAGGAGAUCCAUAUGUAGGUUGUCGUCCGGAAUGCGUCCUAAAUGCCGACUGUCCUCGCGAUAGAGCGUGCAUGCGUAAUAAAUGUCUGGACCCGUGCCCUGGAGCUUGCGCCCUUAACGCAUUAUGCACGGUGAUCGGUCACGUUCCUAUGUGUAAUUGUCCAGGAAAUAUGACCGGCAAUGCAUUUAGCCAAUGCAUGCCUUUACAAGAUAUGCCACCCGCUAAUCCAUGCGUUCCUUCGCCCUGUGGACCAAACAGCGAAUGUCGCAUUAUAAACAAUCAGGCAGUUUGUUCUUGUGUAAGAGGAUAUCUAGGUAGUCCCCCGACCUGCAGACCUGAAUGCAUAGUCAGCACGGAUUGUCCGCAGAAUGAGGCUUGUAGCAAUCAGAAGUGUACAAACCCUUGUCCAGGAAGUUGCGGAUUAAAUGCCUUGUGUCAUGUAAUAAAUCACAAUCCGAUUUGCGUUUGCCCACCUCUUCAAACGGGUGAUCCUUUUAUUAGAUGUUAUCAAGCACCUCAAGAGCUACCGUUACCUCCCUCGCCAUGUACACCAAAUCCGUGCGGUCCGAAUUCGCACUGCCAAGCGCGCGAUGACAAAUCUGAAUGCACAUGUUUACCCGGAUUCAUCGGCAAUCCGCCUAAUUGCAGAGCGGAAUGCGUCAGUAAUAGCGAGUGCGCUAAUCAUUUGGCUUGCAUCAAUCAAAAAUGUCAGAAUCCGUGCGUUGGUUCCUGCGGUGCGAAUGCAAAUUGUCACGUUGUUAGUCAUACCCCGAUGUGUUCUUGCGUGGACGGUUUCACCGGUGAUCCAUUCACGCAAUGCAUCUUCAGAGAACCCACACCAUUGUCGCCUACAACGGUUGAUCCGUGUACUCCCUCUCCUUGCGGCUCUAAUGCAAUCUGCAAGGAAUUCAACGGUGCCGGUUCGUGUACAUGCUUACAGAACUAUAUCGGUAACCCGUACGAAGGAUGCAGACCGGAAUGCGUCCUGAAUUCGGAUUGUCCUGCCAAUCUGGCUUGUGUAAAUACGAAAUGUAGAGAUCCGUGUCCGGGAUCGUGCGGACGCAACGCAUUAUGCCAAGUAAUCAAUCACAUGCCGGUGUGCAAUUGUUAUCCCAGAUAUACCGGCAACGCUUUCUUAUAUUGCAACCCGAUAGAAAUAGAAGGAGACGAUGCUGUUAGUAAUCCCUGCGAACCAUCACCUUGUGGACCUAAUAGCUUGUGUCGCGUGGUGGGUGGUACGAGCGUCUGCACUUGCUUACCCACCUUCUUGAGCAGCCCACCAAAUUGUCGCCCCGAGUGUACCGUUAGCGCCGAAUGCGCCUUCAAUCUGGCAUGCAUCUCGAAUAAAUGUAGCAAUCCCUGUCGUGGUUCUAGAUUGUGCGGUUCUAAUGCGAGAUGUGAAACGGUCAAUCAUAAUCCCAUAUGUUCGUGCCCAUCUAGUUUUACUGGCGAUCCAUUCAUUGCCUGCUUUGAAAUGCCACCUAAAGAUGAAGAACCUCGUCCAUUUGUGAAUCCUUGCGCACUUUCACCCUGCGGACCUUUCUCGGAAUGCCGUGACAUUUACGGUCAAGCAUCGUGCGCUUGUUUAUCGACAUAUAUAGGAACACCACCCAAUUGCAGGCCUGAAUGUACAAUUAAUUCAGAAUGCCCGACUAAUCAGGCAUGUAUACAGAGAAAGUGUCGAAAUCCUUGCGAUGGAGUAUGCGGUGUAGAAGCAACUUGUAACGUUUAUCAUCACACACCCGUAUGUUCUUGUCUCACUGGAUUUACCGGGGAUCCAUUCGUAAUGUGUAGACGAAUUCCCGAGGAAGAUACAACACUCGCACCAACGGAUCCGUGCUUAAAUUGUGGCCCAAAUACGCAAUGCUUUAACGGCGUGUGUUCUUGCCUUCCCGAGUAUCAAAAAGAUCCAUACUUUGGAUGUCGUCCAGAAUGUAUUCUGAAUUCCAAUUGUCCAAGUGACAGAGCUUGCAUUAAGAACAAGUGUCGAAAUCCGUGCGAUCUUGGAAUCUGUGGUCUCAAUGCCUUGUGCUCGGUCGGAAAUCACAUACCAGUCUGCACUUGCGCGCCGAAAAUGUCCGGCAACGCCUUUAUAAUGUGCUCCCCGAUAGAAGAAUCGAUAACGAAAGAUCCGUGCAAUCCGACACCGUGUGGACCGAACAGCCAGUGUCGAAAGGUAAAGGAACAAGCUGUCUGUUCUUGUCUUCCUGGAUAUUUGGACGCACCACCAAAUUGUCGAGCUGAGUGUAUUAUCAGUUCUGACUGUCCCGCCAACAUGGCCUGUAAUAAUCGGAAAUGCAUAAAUCCCUGCCCCGGAACAUGCGGCAUUAGAGCGCAAUGUAUAGUUGUCAAUCACAAUCCAAUUUGUUCUUGUCCCUCCGAAUUGACCGGUGAUCCCUUCACUCAGUGCAUCCCGAGACCAAUAGAAUCACCGUUACCGGUUAAUCCCUGCGUUCCAUCUCCGUGUGGAAUUAACAGUAAAUGCGAAGUUAUAAACAACGCACAUUCAUGUUCCUGUUUGCCAGAAUUCAUCGGCAGUCCGCCGAACUGUAGGCCAGAAUGCAUUAGUAAUAGCGAGUGUUCCACGCACUUGGCGUGUAUCAAUCAGAAAUGUCGCGAUCCAUGUCCAGGCUCUUGCGGUAUUAAUUCUGAUUGUCGAGUGAUAAGUCAUACACCUAUGUGCAUUUGCCUUGCCGGAUUCGAAGGAGAUCCAUUCGUGCUAUGUAAUCCCAAACAAAGCGAUGUCGUAAAUGCCGUAAAACCAACACCUUGUAUUCCGUCACCGUGCGGUUUUAAUGCGAUAUGUCGCGAAUUAAACGGUGUUGGUUCUUGCACAUGUCUAUCGGAUUAUAUAGGCAAUCCAUACGAAGGCUGUCGUCCCGAGUGUACAAUAAAUUCCGAUUGUACCGCAGAUCGUGCAUGUAUCGGAUCGAAGUGUCAAAAUCCUUGUCCAGGUUUUUGUGGGUACAAUGCAAUUUGUCAAGUAGUGAAUCAUGUGCCAUUAUGUACAUGCCAACCUGGAUACAGCGGCAAUCCGUUUAUUUCCUGUAACAGACUUGUACAAGAUACGACAAUAGAACGUAAUCCGUGCAGCAAUUCUCCCUGUGGACUUAACAGUGAGUGUCAUGAAUUAAACGGUCAAGCAAUAUGCUCCUGUUUAAAUACGUUUGUCGGAUCCCCGCCACAUUGUCGCGCGGAAUGCACUGUUAGCUCCGAUUGUCCUGUAAACCGUGCAUGCAAAAAUCGUAAAUGUGUUGAUCCAUGUCCUGGUAUUUGUGGCAUCAACGCAAGAUGCGAAGUGAUAAAUCAUAGUCCGAUUUGUAGUUGUAAUCAAGGUUUUUCUGGCGAUCCUUUCAUAACGUGCUUCCAAAUGCAGAUAGACAAUGAUACACCUAUGACGCCACAAAAUCCGUGCGUUCCAUCUCCCUGUGGUCCAUUCGCCACUUGUCGUGAGAGCGGCUACGCAAACGUGCCGACGUGCACAUGCUUGGAAAAUUACAUCGGUAGUCCUCCGAACUGUCGGCCAGAAUGUACCGUGGAUUCUGAAUGCAAUAGCGAUAGAGCAUGCUUGAGACAAAAAUGUCGAGAUCCAUGCCUAGGUUCUUGCGGUAUCGGAGCGCAAUGUCUCGUGGUUAAUCACAUGGCUGUCUGUCUUUGUCCGAAGGGUUACACCGGAGAUGCGUUUGCUAAUUGCUUCCCAGAACCUCCCCCUGUACCACAAGAUCCUUGUAAUCCAUCCCCAUGCGGAGCCAAUGCGAUGUGUCUUGACGGUCCAUGUGUCUGUCUGCCCGAACAUUAUGGUGAUCCUUAUACCGCAUGUCGACCCGAAUGCGUGCAAAACCCAGAUUGCUCGUUAGACAAAGCCUGCGUUCGUAACAAGUGCUUUGACCCAUGUACAGGAGUUUGCGGGCAAAAUGCAAAGUGCACAGUAAUAAAUCACACCCCGAUGUGCGCUUGUCCGGACGGAAUGUCUGGCAAUGCAUUUGCGGCGUGUUAUCCGGUUGUUCAAGAUCCCACCGUCAUCGAGAAUCCGUGUAAUCCGUCGCCCUGCGGUCCGAACAGUCGAUGUCAGAGUUUUAAUAAUCAAGCAGUAUGUACGUGUAUAUCCGGAUUCAUAGGAAAUCCGCCCGCUUGUCGUCCCGAAUGCGUAGUGAAUACUGAUUGCGCGUUAAACGAAGCUUGCAUCAAUACAAAAUGCGGCAAUCCUUGUCUUGGUGCGUGUGGUAUUUCCGCUCGUUGCCAAGUAUUGAAUCACAAUCCAAUCUGCAGCUGUCCUCCCGUAUUUACCGGUGAUCCGUUCGUACGUUGCAUACCAAGACCGGAGGAUGUACCAAAACCGAUAAAUCCGUGCCAACCUUCGCCCUGUGGUCCUAAUGCUCAGUGUCAAGUCGUCAACGACUCACCGUCAUGCUCUUGCAUGCCCGAGUUCGUUGGAAUACCACCAAGUUGUAGGCCGGAAUGCAUUAGUAACAGCGAAUGUCCAAGUAAAAUGGCAUGUAUCAAUCGCAAAUGCAGAAAUCCAUGCCCUGGAUCUUGUCAUUCCUUAGCCACUUGCUAUGUCGUUAAUCACGUGCCGAUUUGUACGUGUCCUGCCGGUUAUACAGGCGAUCCAUUUGUUCAAUGCGCAAUCAUGCCCAGCAUACUAUCGGCACCGAAUCAGCCUUGCCAACCAUCCCCUUGUGGAACAAACGCCGUAUGUAGAGAACAAAACGGCGUUGGUUCUUGUACAUGCUUGCCUGAAUACGUUGGAAAUCCUUAUCAAGGAUGUCGUCCCGAAUGUACCAUUUCUUCGGAUUGUCCCGCGCAUUUAGCUUGCAUCGGAUCUAAAUGUCAGAAUCCAUGUCCCGGUUCGUGCGGUGUCAAUACCAAUUGCCAAGUUGUCAACAAUAUCCCUGUCUGCACUUGCAUUCCAGGCUACACUGGCAAUCCGUAUAUAAAUUGCGUUUAUCAGGCUCUCGACAUUUCUGAUGAAAAGCGUGAUCCGUGCAAACCUUCCCCUUGCGGCCCCAAUAGUCAAUGCACCAUUAAUAAUGAUCAAGCUGUCUGCUCCUGUUUGCGAGAAUUUAUCGGAACUCCGCCGAAUUGCAGACCGGAGUGUUUAGUAAAUUCAGAAUGUGGAUCGAACCGAGCAUGCGUGAAUCAGAAAUGUGUAGAUCCGUGUAUCGGUACCUGUGGCCGCGAUGCUCAGUGCAAGGUCAUACAUCACAGUCCAAUUUGUGUAUGCGCAAACGCCUUCACGGGUGAUCCCUUCAUCUACUGUUUUGCAAUGCCAAUUCCAAAACCAGAAGAUCAAUACCCGAAGGAUCCAUGCUUGCCGUCACCUUGUGGACCCAACUCCCUAUGUAGAACUAUUGGUGAUGCACCGGCAUGCAGUUGCAUGCAGAAUUACAUCGGUGUUUCACCCAACUGUCGACCCGAGUGUUCGAUAAAUUCGGAUUGUUCUGCCGAUAAAGCUUGCAUUAGAGAAAAAUGUAGAGAUCCUUGUCCAGGCUCGUGCGGCCUCUUGGCACGUUGUUCGGUGAUCAAUCAUACACCGUCUUGCGUGUGUCCCGAAGGAUACACCGGCGAUCCCUUCGUCGGUUGCAACAUUUUGCCUCAGAUAUCUCUACCAUCCCCAGACCGAUGUAACCCAUCACCAUGCGGUCAAAAUGCUCGAUGCAACGAUGGAGUCUGCACAUGCAUAUCUGAAUAUUUCGGGAAUCCGUAUGCCGGCUGUCGACCGGAAUGCGUCAUUAAUACCGAUUGUUCCCGCGACAAGGCAUGCAUACUCCACAAGUGUCGCGAUCCGUGCGUCGGAACAUGCGGCUUUAACGCGGAAUGCAAUGUCAUUAAUCAUUUGCCCAUGUGCGGUUGUCCGAGAAAUAUGACCGGUAAUGCAUUCAUCUCAUGCACGGCUCUUCAAGAUUCAAUCAUCGUGGAACAUCAACCGUGCAAUCCAUCCCCAUGCGGUCCGAACAGUCACUGUCGUGUGUCGAACGGUCAGGCAAUUUGUGCGUGCAUAGCCGGAUUUAAAGGGGUCCCGCCGUCCUGCAGACCGGAAUGUCUCAUAAGCGCCGAUUGCGCUCGUAAUAGAGCCUGCAGUAAUCAAAAGUGCAUCGAUCCGUGUCUCGGCGCGUGCGGAUUAAUCGCGCAAUGUACUGUCGUUAAUCACAAUCCUAUAUGUAGCUGCCCGCCACUGUACACGGGAGAUCCGUUCGUCCAAUGCAUACCGCAAUUGGAAGAACCAAAGCCACCGGUAAAUCCCUGUCAACCCUCACCUUGCGGCUCGAACGCGAUAUGCCAAGUUCUUAAUGACGCCCCAUCAUGCUCGUGCCUGCCCCAGUUUAUCGGAAUUCCGCCUAGGUGCAGACCAGAAUGUAUCAGUAACAGCGAAUGUCCCAGUCAACAGGCUUGCAUUAAUCAGAAAUGCCGGGAUCCUUGUCCGGGAUCGUGCGGCAGGAACGCGGAAUGUAGAACCGUUAGUCACACCCCGAUGUGCAUUUGUGCCAAUGAUUUUACCGGCGAUCCAUUCAUCCAAUGUAAUCCCCGACCGAUUGAUACGCCGCUUGUUCCGCUAAAUCCUUGCCAACCGUCGCCGUGUGGUGCAAACGCAAUGUGUCGCGAGGUUUUCAAUUCGGUGUCCUGCAUUUGUUUGCCCGAUUUCUACGGAAAUCCAUACGAGGGUUGUAGACCCGAGUGCAUAAUCAACUCCGAUUGUACAUCCAAUCGAGCUUGCAUAAGAAACAAGUGUCAGGAUCCGUGCCCGGGAACGUGCGGUGUCAAUGCAAUUUGCGAAAUUAUCAAUCAUAUACCGACGUGCAGUUGUCGGUCAAGAUUCACUGGAGAUCCGUUCAGAUACUGCGGACCCAUACAAGAUACUCCUCCGGCACCGAUAGACGAUCCUUGCAACCCAUCGCCAUGCGGUCCAAACAGCCAAUGUCUUAAUGUAAAUGGAAAAGCUAGUUGUUCGUGCCUGUCGACUUACCAAGGAACUCCUCCCGCCUGCAAAGCAGAGUGUGUUGUUAGUACGGAAUGUCCCAUGAAUCGUGCGUGCAUCAAUCGGAAAUGCGUCGAUCCGUGUCCCGGUGUGUGCGGCGUCAACGCUAAAUGCGACGUCUUGUCUCACAGUCCGUUUUGCAGCUGUGGAUCCGAUCAGAUCGGAGAUCCCUUCGUCAAGUGUUUCGACAUGCCCCUGACGCCUACGCCAUCGAUACAAGUCAAUCCUUGCGUCCCAUCGCCCUGCGGUCCGUUUUCCACAUGUCAAGACAGGGGAGGCUAUCCGUCUUGCACGUGCAUGCCUAAUUACAUCGGAUCGCCACCUUAUUGCCGUGCCGAAUGUUCUAUUAAUUCUGAUUGCACUGGCAAUAAAGCUUGUAUCAGAGAGAAAUGCCAAGACCCCUGUCCCGGAUCCUGUGGCGUUAAUGCCUUGUGUACCGUGAUCAAUCAUAUCCCAGCUUGCACAUGUCCUGACGGGUACACGGGCGAUCCCUUCCGCAAUUGUUACCUGGCACCCAUGCAUAUUCCACCAGUAGCAACAGACCCGUGUAAUCCGUCACCAUGUGGACUCAAUGCCGAGUGCCGUAAUGGCAUCUGCAAUUGUAUAUCCGAAUAUCGCGGCAAUCCAUAUCUAGAGUGUCGACCGGAGUGUGUGCAAAAUUCCGACUGUCCACACAAUAAAGCUUGCGCAAAUAAUAAGUGCAUAAAUCCCUGCAAUGGAAUUUGUGGCCAGAAUGCGGAAUGCGCGGUCGUUAAUCAUGUAGCCACAUGUAGUUGCAUCCAGGAUUACGAAGGCGACCCGUUCACGCUCUGUAAACGUGUACAAACGCGUAUCAAACCCUGCGAACCCUCCCCCUGCGGACCUAACAGCAUUUGUCGCGAAUAUGGCGAUCAAGCUUCCUGCUCUUGUCUACUCGGUUACUUGGGAGUCCCGCCGAGCUGCCGACCCGAAUGUCUCGUUAAUACCGAUUGUGAGCAGAGCAAGACUUGCGUGAACACAAGAUGCCGUAAUCCUUGCGAAAAUACUUGCGGACAGAACGCACUAUGCGUAACGCGGAAUCAUAAUCCCAUUUGCAGGUGUCCCGCUCAGCAUUCCGGUGAUCCGUUCGUCAAUUGUUUCCCUAUAACAACAUCGGAUGUAGAACCCAGGGACCCAUGUUACCCCUCACCAUGUGGAUUGAACUCGCAAUGCGUGGUAUCCGUCGAUAAUAAACCCUCCUGCUCCUGUAUACAAAACUACGUAGGAUCUCCGCCCAAUUGUGAACCCGAAUGCCGUGCAAACAGCGAAUGUCCCACCAAUCGAGCAUGCAUUAGACAGAAAUGCACCGACCCGUGCAUUGGAUUGUGCGGAUUCAAUGCAUUGUGCCAAGUUACUUUGCACCAAGCCCAAUGCACCUGUCCCGAAUCAUACACUGGAGACCCAUUCACAGUUUGCUCCCAGAUCAUAUCGACUCCAGCACCGCCGGUAUCUUCUAGACCGUGCAAUCCCUCACCAUGCGGAAUAAACGCGUAUUGCCAUGAAAGAUUCGACACGGCCAUUUGUGAGUGCGUACCGAACUACAGAGGCAAUCCAUAUCAAGGAUGUCAGCCAGAAUGCCUUGUUAACACCGACUGCCCGAAAUCGCAAGCAUGCAUAAGAACGAGAUGUCAAGAUCCUUGCCCUGGUACUUGUGGUGUUGGUGCGAUCUGCUCAGUGUCCAAUCAUGUUCCUAUUUGUUCUUGCCCGUUACCAACAAUUGGAGAUGCAUUCACGCUUUGUCGAGUUCCCAUGGAAGAUUCUAAGGAAACGGAUCCGUGCUAUCCUUCACCGUGCGGACCGAAUACUGUUUGCGAGACAGUCGGCAGUACAGCAAUUUGUAAAUGUCUACCUGGAUUGCAAGGUGUUCCGACGAGUAUAACUGGUUGUCAUCCGGAGUGUGUGCUUAGCUCGGAUUGCCCAGGCGACAAAGCUUGCAUACAGAAUAAAUGCAAAGAUCCUUGUUCUCAAAAUGUAUGCGGUAGUAAAGCGGUGUGCAAGACGAUCAAUCACAGUCCACUUUGCAGCUGCCCGUCUCCGUUAAUUGGCAAUCCCUUCGAAGAAUGCUACACGAAGAUCGAAACUAAUCCCUGCAGUCCAUCGCCUUGCAAUUACAAUGCCGAGUGUAGAGUGAGAAACGGCAUCGCGAUUUGCAUCUAUCCCGAGUGCGUUAUUAAUUCAGAUUGUCCGCGUGACAAGGCUUGCUUCUCGCAAAAGUGCCGAGAUCCCUGCAUCAGUGCAUGCGGUAUCAAUUCUAUCUGUCAGACCGUUAAUCACAAACCAGUGUGUUCCUGUCCAGUUGGAUUCACGGGCAAUGCACGGGUGCAAUGUACAAUUCCAACUCUCGAAGAACCGGUUCCAGAAUGCAUUCAAAAUUCCGAGUGCUCAAAUGAUAAGACCUGUUUCAAUCAAAAGUGCAUCGAUCCGUGUACUCUCGAUUCUUGCGGUCUGAACAGUCGUUGCCACGUGAUAAUGCAUAGACCAAUAUGCGUUUGUAAUGAAGGCUAUACCGGAAAGCCUCAGCAAUAUUGCCACCAAAUCGGUUGUCGUAACGAUAACGAAUGUCCGUUGAUUCAAUCUUGUAUUAACAACGAAUGUAUCGAUACCUGUUUGGUUACGCAAUGCGGCGUCAACGCAUUGUGUACCGCUGAUGGGUAUCACAAGACUCGAUGCUACUGUCCCGAUGGUUACACGGGUAAUCCUUACGAAAUAUGCGAGAGGCCUGAGUGUACCAGCGACAACGAUUGCGCUCCGUCCUUGGCCUGUCGUAAUCUGAAAUGCAUCAAUCCUUGCAAUUGCCCACCACCGGCGCUAUGCACUGUCGCCAAUCAUCGGCAAAUCUGUAAAUGUCCACCUGGUUAUAUAGGCAAUCCUUACAACUCGUGUCUCAUAGACUUACUAGAACCAGAGACGGAAUGUCAAGUCGACGCUGAUUGUCCCAGCAAGUUGGCAUGUUUUAGUGGUGUUUGCAAAGAUCCAUGCACAGAAACAAAACCAUGCAUUGUAAGCGCCAAAUGUAGUGUCGUAGAUACGCUACCAAUGAGAACAAUGAUCUGCGAAUGCCUGCCGAAUUUCGCCGGCGAUGCCACUGUUGCUUGUAUACCAGUGGACAAACAAAUCGGUGCAAUAUGCGAGAGCGACUCGCAAUGUACAUCAGAUAUGGCCUGUCUGAACCGCAAGUGCAUCAAUCCGUGCACCGUCAAUCCAUGCGCUCCAAAUGCCGAAUGUCACAUCGAAAACCACCGUCGCACAUGUCAAUGUCCUCGCGGACAUGCCGGUGAUCCAUUUAUAAAUUGCUAUGAAGAAGAUGUAGUUCUUGCGGAAUGCAAAACGAAUACCGAGUGCCCGUCCGACAAAGCAUGCAUAAAUCAACGAUGCCAAGAUCCGUGUUCCAGCAACCGUUGCGGCCUAAACGCAGAGUGUAUCACGAUCAAUCAUCAUCCCUCUUGUCACUGCCAAAGCGGUUUAGCCGGUGAUCCGCAACUUCAAUGUUUCAGACCGGAAUGUAAGACAGACAACGACUGUCCUUAUGACAAGACCUGCCGAAAUGACAACUGCGUCACUCCUUGCCUCGUUGGUGAUAUUGUGUGCGGUCGGAGUGCGGAAUGCAAAGCGGUGUCUCACAGAGCUCAGUGUAUUUGCCCGCAAGGCACUCAAGGUGAUCCACGCGUGGCAUGCAUUUCCGCUAUCUGUCAUUACAACGAAGACUGCGCCGAUCAUGAGGCCUGCGAUAGACUGAACAGGGUUUGCAGACCGGUUUGCGACGACGACGCCUGUGCCGAAACUGCGAUCUGUGUGGCACGCGAUCAUCAGCCUAGAUGUACAUGUCCUCCGGGUACUACCGGAAAUCCGUAUAUAACAUGCAAUGGUGAACCUUCUGUCGAGCCGGAAUGCAUACAGGACAGCGAAUGCGCAUUGAAUCUCGUUUGCAUUAACACCAGGUGUCAAGAUCCGUGUAUGUCCGCCAGUAUGUGUACCAAUGAACAGGAAUGCAAAGUUCUAAACACGAUUCCGCUUCGUACGAUGAUCUGCUUGUGUCCAUCGAAUACGAUCACCGAUGUUAACGGCCAGUGCAAGCCAAUUGUAUUAGGCGACGUGCAAUGUCAUCUGGAUCAAGAUUGCGCCAAUCAGGAGAAAUGCCUGGAUGGAAGAUGCGUAGACGCCUGUCUGACAACCCAGUGCGGUCUUAAUGCGCAAUGUAAAUCUACAUCUCAUACCGGUAUCUGCUUCUGUUCUCAGGACUUUAGGGGCAACGCUUAUAUAGAAUGCGCAAGAGUCCCUGUCGCUCCGUCGCUUCCAGGACUUCGACCGGAAUGUUACACAAAUAGCGAAUGCGCGCGCGAUAAGCAAUGCAUAAAUUCGCUCUGCGUAAAUCCGUGCAUUGCUGGCGAUCCUUGCGGCAGGAACUCUCUGUGCCAUGUUGACGAUCACAAUCCAAUCUGCAAAUGCCCGAUCGGCUAUAUCGGCGAUUCCACGAUCAAAUGCAUACCACCGGAGAUCGUGCUUGAGUGCGUAUCAAACAGCGAAUGCGCAGGAAACUAUGCGUGUGUUAACAGCGCGUGCAUUAAUCCUUGCAACUGUGGUCUCAACGCCAAAUGUAACGUCGUGAAUCAUUAUCCAUCUUGCGUAUGUCCUCCAGGCUACUCUGGAAAUCCUCAGUUAGGAUGCUUCAAACUCGAUUGCGAAUCUGACAGCGAGUGCGAUUACGCAGCCACCUGUUACAACGGUCAGUGCGUGAAUCCUUGCAUCUUAGACAACAAAUGCGCCAUCAAUGCAGAAUGCUACGGUAAAAAUCAUCGGUCGGCCUGUCGUUGCGGUUCCGGCUACUACGGUAAUCCUCAGGUUCAUUGCGAGAGGGUCGAGUGUAACACGAAUCACGAUUGCCCCCACAAUUUGGCUUGUAACGACGGUCGCUGUGUGAAUCCUUGUGCCGAGAAUUCACCCUGCGCGCGAAACGCCGUUUGUUACGUCCAGGAUCACGUGGCAUCCUGUCGCUGCCCCGAAAACAUUCCGCUGGGAAAUCCAUUCUCCUACUGCGAACGACGUCCCGUGGACGAAAUCGAAGAGCCGGAGUGCAGAGUCGACAUUGAUUGUUCGGACAAAUUGGUAUGCAUCCGGGAGAAAUGCAUCGACCCUUGCCCGGUUAUCAAACCAUGCUUGGAGAACGCUCGUUGCGACGUUCUUAAUACUGUGCCCGUAAGGACUAUGAUUUGCACGUGUCCAGAGGGAUGGAUCACCGACAUCGACGGUGUAUGCAGACCAAUACAAUUGACGGUUAUCGGAACGUGUACGACGAACGACGAUUGCAGCGACCGUGAAGCUUGCGUCAACAGGCAAUGUCGCGACCCUUGCAACUGCGGCACCAACGCCGUCUGCUACGUGAGGAAUCAUAAACCAAUCUGCUCGUGCGAGCAAGGCUACCAGGGUAAUCCCGAGAUUGCGUGUCAAUCGGUCGAGUGUCGGCAUGACAGCCAGUGCACACUCGACAAAGCCUGCGUGAACAACAACUGCGUAAAUCCAUGCUUGGUCGCGGAUCAUCCAUGCACAGACAUCAACAGUGAAUGUUUCCCGAACAACCAUGUAGCCGAUUGCCGCUGCCGCAAGGGCUAUCACGGCAAUCCGUUGGAUCGUUGCCGCGUCAUCGGCUGCUACAGUAACGGCGACUGUCCAGGCGAUCACUCCUGCAUCAAUAUGCAGUGCAUUGAUUCCUGCGUGCACGACAAUCCGUGCUCGCCCCGCGCGGAAUGCAGGGUUCUCAAUCAUUUGCCGAUAUGUCGUUGUCCACCCCGUUUCACUGGUAACCCGUACAUCAAUUGCCAACCAGAAGUUAGACCCGAGUGUAGGGAAGACAGUGACUGUCCAGACAGGCUUGCCUGUCUCAGCGACAAGUGUCAGGAUCCGUGCUCGGUCAUACAGCCGUGCUCGGAGCCAUCCGAAUGUCAGGUCCUGCCGACGUACCCGAUACGCACUAUGGUAUGCGUGUGCCCCAACGGAUAUGUCAGCAGCGGCAGCGGUACCUGCCAGGCUACCAAGCCGAUCCUUAAGAUCGAGUGCACCAAGGACGAUGACUGUUCAACGGAACGAUCCUGCGUCAACGCGGUAUGCCGAGAUCCUUGCGCGUGUGGACCUAACGCUGUUUGCAAUGUCAUCAAUCACAAACCGAUAUGUUCGUGUACGCUGGGAUAUGACGGAAAUCCGGAUAUUGCCUGCACGAAAGUUGCAGGAUGUAGAACGGAUGACGAUUGUAGCGGUUCGCACGCGUGUGUCCAACGCAACUGCGUGCCGACGUGUUCGCCAUCCUCCUGCGGUAAGAACGCAAUAUGUCAUGGUAUAAAUCAUAAGACCAUCUGCGAGUGUCCACCUGGUUUCGGCGGCAAUCCGAGGGUUUCCUGCGUGCUGCUAGGAUGCAAAAGCAAUUCGGACUGUCCGACGAACAGAGCCUGCAUCAAUAAUCGUUGCGAAAAUCCUUGCACGCAAAAUCCAUGCACCGGCAACAUGGAUUGUAACGUUUACAAUCACGUUGUGGAAUGCGCAUGUCCGCCCGGCUACGUCGGCGAUGUUAAAUCAGGAUGUGCUAGAGUCAAAGAAAAAUGCAAAGCGGAUAAUGAAUGCCCGUCUCAGACCGCGUGCUUCAAUGGACAAUGCAUCAAUCCAUGUACUGAGAUUAAACCCUGCGGCAUUAACGCCGAAUGCAAAGUCCUGGACACCAGCCCAAUUAGGACCAUGAUAUGCGAAUGUCUCCCAGGAUACCGCGGAAAUGCAGUUGUUCGCUGUGAUCCGUUGUCGAACUUAUGUCCGAGAGGUCAGAUUCGCGAUGAGUACGGCAACUGCGUCUGCUCGUUUGGUUUCGGUAAAGAUGAGAACGAUGAGUGCAUACCUUGCAAACAGUCUAACAUGGUGAUAAACGAAGAAGGCUAUUGCGUAUGCGAUCUGGAAAAGGGUUUCAGCAUAGACGAAAAUGGUCGUUGCGAGUGUCCGACGCGGUACGGAUAUAGAAUAGAUGCCAGUGGAUACUGCAGACAGAUUGAAAUAAUAGAGUGCACUCGUAACGAUGAUUGCGCCGAUGACAGAUAUUGCGAUAAAACUACCCGAACCUGCCAAGAUCCCUGCAAAAAACAACAAUGCGGCGUACAUGCACUUUGCAAUGCCACUAGACAUCAAGCUAUAUGCGUCUGCAUCAAUGGUUAUUUAGGCAAUCCAUAUACACAAUGCUACGAUAGAAAGGACGGCCGAACAGAUUUCCCUAGGCCGGAAAUGGAUGUAAGCUGCCUGUCGGAUGGAGUACAAGUCGUAAUACAUUUGCAAGAUCAAGAUUUCGAUGGGGUAUUGUAUGUUAAAGGACGCAGCAAAGACGAACAGUGCAGACGAGUUGUCUCGAUACCAGCCGAAACUGAACAUAAGACGGAAACGUUCAAAGUUGCGUUUGGCAAUUGCGGACUUAUACACGUGAAUGGACAAGCUAGCUUCGUACUCGUCAUACAGAAACAUCCCAAGUUGAUGACUUACAAAGCACAGGCCUAUCAUAUCAAAUGUAUAUACCAGACUGGAGAACAAAACGUUACCCUUGGCUUCAACGUGUCCAUGUUGACGACUGCUGGAACAAUCGCUAACACUGGUCCACCACCUAUAUGUAUAAUGAAAAUAGUCGCGCAGAAUGGAAAUGAAAUUAAUUCGGCCGAGAUUGGAGACAAUCUAAUGCUUCAAGUAGAAGUUCAACCUUCAACUAUUUAUGGUGGAUUUGCGCGAAAUUGUGUCGCUAAAACUAUGGAGGAUAAUUUGGAGAACGAGUACAUCGUAACGGAUGAGAACGGUUGCGCGACGGAUCCUACGAUAUUCGGCGAGUGGGAGCAAAAUCCUGAUACUCAAUCAUUAAUGGCUAGUUUUAACGCAUUCAAGUUUCCCAGUAGCGACAAUAUAAGAUUCCAGUGCAAUAUACGCGUGUGCUUUGGACGUUGUCAGCCUGUGAACUGUCGCGGUUACAACGCCUUCGGCCGUCGUCGUAGAGACGUUGAUUCCGAAAUCAAUGACACGUCUUUAAGUAUAUCCGAUGGAUUCGAAGGUCAACUUCGUGAAGAGAUAACUAUUCAAUCAAAUUUGAUAUUCACUCUGGAAAGGAGAGAGGAGAGGUAUACAGCAGAUCCAGCUGAAGCUCCUUCAGCACAAAGAGUAGAAGAUAUCUGUGUUUCUAUGGUCGGCUUUAUCAUAGCGUUGAUAAUUACGGCGCUUUUGGCACUGGUUGCCGUAGCUAUCGCUGUGUCAUGCUGGCUUAUGGCGUAUCGACGUCAGCCAAAGACUGCUGGACCACUGCCACACCCACCAGAGUUCCCAAAUCCCUUGUUCACUACUGAAUCUGUAGCUGAACCAUCUCCUGAUUAUCACUUAUCAUAAGAAAAGUCUCUUAGAGUAAUUAAUAUUUUAUAUAAAUAAUAUAAAUUCUAUAAUAUUUUCUCUUUCUCCUCAUGGAAUGCAUCUCAGACCAUUCGUCCUAUUGGUCGGUUUUGUAUUUCUAUAUACAACUCCUCCAAAGACUAUUAUUUCAUCUCUUUAUAUUCUCUUUUUAAGGGUUCAAACAAUAGAUCACUGUUAUAUAGAGUCAUUUUAUAUACAUUUUAUAUACUAUUUAUGGUGAUGGUUUGCUUCCAUUAUCUAUUUGCAAUUUAAAAAAAAAAAAACUUAUUCCCCCUUUCUUCUUCAUAUAUCUUUCCUGUAUUAUUCUCUCUAGUCCGUGGAGGAUUUGUUUAAUGUAAUACUGCGAAUUUAAUUACUGUGUAAAGUCAACGAAUUAGUCUAAUAUAGCUUUCUUAUCGCGAAAAUAGAUAUAAUUGUACAUUUUAUCUAAUAAAAGCUAACGAAAUAUUUUU